AUGUGCAAAGGCUGCAUUAAUCUCAACAUUGCGGAGCCUUCGCAGCUCCCUCAGCUAUGCCAGCAAUCCCUGGAGAAGUUGAUCGAGCACGGUAAAAAGUUACUCAAAUACUGCACGGAGAUGGAAGAUUAUUACCGCUCCAUGGGAUACUACUACCACACAUCCCAGCUCACGAAGCGCGAGGCCAUGGCAGAAUGCCCGACCCACGGCGAUCAUCUGGUCAAGCUGGAAGACGCUUUCAACCUCGACCACCCCGAAGAUUACCACAUUCUAUUCAAGCCAAUGGAGACUAGCAUCACCCAAAUAAAGGAAGUAGUCUCGGACGCCGAACAUAUCUCGUCUAACAUCUCCGUCUCGGAUCUCGCCAAAAUCCUGACCACCGAGCUCCAACCAAAACUUCACACCGGCCAUAUCACAAUCAAUAAGAUGCGGACAUACUUCAGCCGCCUCAAUUUAUACACAAACACUCUCCGCGCGGUUAGCUGCGAGCCCGAUGGCACCCACCCACCCAAUAACAACCGCGAGACCCCUUGGCACCGCCGCAAGUUCAAUGUGUGCACUGGCAAGUGGGAGCUUGAGAGCAUGGCGGAGGAGUGGACUGACUUCUUGAACUGGGUCACAUGUUUGCCGGAGACACAGGCGUGGGUGCAGAAGGGAGAGGAUGUCAAGGAAAUUGCGCUGAGGUGGUUGAAGAAUUUUGUGGUUGUGGAGUUGAGGUUGGAGGAUAUUAACUAAGGUGGGUUGGUGAGGGUUCGUGGAGAUGGAG